GAAAGUUUAGGGUUUCGGGUUUUUCUUGAACUUUUUCUUCCUUCUUAACAAUAUAAACUCUCUUCCUAAUUCAUGUCUCUCAUAAAUUUUCUCUCUCCCCACCUCCCACCAUGAAAAAGCGUAAAUAUGAUUCUACAACCCCCUGCACCUAUCUUUCAUCUCAAGGUCUCAACUGUUUCUUCCAUGGCCUCCAAACGAUGGCUGCAGAAAUCAGAAUACAGAGAGGGAAGCCAUUGGGCGAUGGAGAAGACGAGUCACAAAGACUAGUGAGAUUACUCGAGCCUUGUGAUGACUACAUUUGUCAACGAAAACUCUUCUCUUCUCGAAUUCGUUCGAUGGUUCAUCCUGACAUUGAUCAUGUCGUUCUUGAAGCUCAAGAAUCUGUUCUGUUCAAGGUGGAAGAUGAUCUUCUCCAUGGACUUUGCUCCUCUAUCAAGUGUGAUUACAAGGGUGCAAUACCUCACUUUGAUGUCUCCCCAAAGUUGGAGAACACAAGAGAGAGAUUGAAGCAGACGAGCAACAACUUAGUUCUUGGCGUUGAAGAACUGUGUACUCUAAUCCGGUCUCAAAUCCAUGGCGACCAAGAACUCUAUACUCGAAUCCAGUCUCAAACCAAGUAUGUCAAAUUGUAUGGAGGAGAGGGACUAUAUGAUAAUUGCGAUGAGCUCCUCUAUCGUAUAAAGUACUUCUCUGGUCGAAUGACUGUUGCAGGGAAUGACCUUUUACAUGACGCAUGUCAUGACAAUGUUCUUGAUUGUGAAACAAUCGCCCUUCUCCAAGCUCAAGAAGCCUCAAUGUGGGCUGAAUGGCGCGAUAUUUUUCGCGAUAUUUUUAAGGGUGCGGCACCCAAUUGGGUUUGUGAAAGUGAUGGGGUUUGUGGAAUCUGUCUUGAUGAUCUUGAGAGGUGGUUUCAGCCCACGAAGCUGCAGUGUCUUCAUACGUUUCAUUCUACAUGCAUAAAUGAAUGGAAGGAGUGCAAGAACGGGUGCCCUGUAUGUCACAGCAAAAACAGAUGAUGUGAUCUACCAUGUUCUGGUUAAGCGGAUAUUGAGACUUGAGCAGAAAAACCAGCGAACCUUUGUUGACAUAGCCAUUACUGAUCUUCCUGCAGCAUAUCCAAUGGGGAAAUAGGGCACUGCAAGGGUCAUGAUACAUAUACUUGAUUCAAAAUUGUGUUAGUUUAGCUGCUCUGGCCUUAAACCCAGAUGUUAGAAACCAGAGUUCUUGCCAUGGUGAAACAUCUUCGCUUGCAUUUCUACUGAAGCAACUCCAAAGCCAUGAGCAUGAUGAUCGAAGAGCAGUUCUUGGAUCUCAAAAUAGUGAAUACUCAAAACCUCUUCCAGGUCUCGGCUUCUUCAAAUCCUUUUCUUCCAUAGUUCCAUAGUAUCUGAAGCACAAUUCAGUGUCUAAUAUCAUAGAACAGAAUUACCCAGAAUGUUGAAAAGCUAUUCACCGUUUUGGUCUUCACCGUUUUGCUCUCUAGAUUUUGGUAGCCUUGUGGAUCAUUAAACAUGGUCGCUGGUUCUUGUGAAGGUAAGCUAGUGCUGUACCUGCUGCAAUUAUUGUGGAACUGCCGUGGCAAUUUAGUACCAUGGUUAAUCAUGAAUCACCCUGGAUUUGUGAUAACUUGUC